AUGGCAACGGCGGCGGCGGCGAUGAACCGCUCCGUCCGAUCUGCCGCGCGAUUCGACUCAGAUGUCGAUCGUUCGGCUCAAGUAGUCGGACCUCGAGCUUCGACUCCCAAAACGAACCGAAAUUUUGCUGCAGCAGGAGGGGGAGGACUUCGCCGUAAGAGCAGCAGCGGCGCUGGCACUGCAGAAACGAAGAGAAGCUUUUAUGAUACCACGAUGGCGCAAAUGACGAUGAACAAGGACAUCUUUGGCGUUUUGGGCUGGACUCGGCGGAAGCUGAGCGGAGGCGGCGGUGGUGGCAGUCCAGAGAAUGUCCGGCGUAAGUCCACCAUGGAGAGCCUCACGAGCUUCCGAUUCGACCAGCGUGUACAAGCAUAA